CCUCUAUCCUCAUUGAAACUUUCGCGGCAGACAACGAGGGUAGACGGUGCGCACUCUAAGGAUCUCCAAUUUUCUUGCUCUCCAUACCUUCCAGUUUAACCAACUCCCCCACUUCUCUCUCUCUCUCUAACAUUUUCCCGACUUUUCUUUUCCUCUUUCCAUCGCUUUCUCUGCAUCCAAACAUGAACGCUACGGUAAUUACAACAACAACACUGCCUCAUUUCUCAUCCUCCCGCUCCGCCGCCGCCGAAUCAUCCUCAAACCGCCAAUUGCACAACCUUAUACCGGCCAAGUUGAAACUCGACAAACAAAACAACAGAUGUUCCUUAUCCAUAAAAUGCAGCCCCAGUCGAGGAAUUCGAAUCACGAGCGCGUUGGCCUUGACGGCGGCGGAGGCACCUCCGUCGAAGGCCACGGAGAUGGUGGCUGACAAGAUAAAACGGCUCGUUUUGGAAUUCAAGUCCCUGGCGGAGCCAAUCGACCGCGUGAAGCGGCUACUACACUACGCAGCGAGGCUCCCGCCGGACAAUGUGUCGGCGCGGGAGCCAGAGAGCCGAGUCCAGGGGUGCUCGACGCAGGUGUGGGUGGAGGCGGAGAUGGACGAGGCGGGGAGGAUUAGGUUCCGGGCGGACAGCGACUCGGAGAUCUCGAAGGGGUUCUGCUCGUGCCUGAUUUGGAUGCUCGACGGCGCAGAGGCGGGUGAGGUUCUGGCAGUGGAGACGCAUGAUUUGCAGGACGUGAAUGUGGGGGUGUACGGGAAGGUGAAUUCGAGAGUGAACACGUGGCACAACGUGCUGCUGGCGAUGCAGAGGAAGGCUCAGGCUUUGGUGACGGAGCGAAAGCAGGGGAUACGGGGGACUAAUCAGUAAUGAGGUAUAUAUAUUAUACAAGCAAUAAUGGCGAGAGAGGGUAAAUCAAACCGGUGAAAACAAUAAUCGAACUCGAGACAUCAGACGCUAGGUAACUGAGAUAUACGUCUAUCAAUAUUUUUGGUAACUUGUGAAUCAAGUUAGCAGAAAUUGAAGCACAUUAUUAUGUGUUAUUGAAAUAUAUUGCGUUGAAUCAAAUUUAUUGUGUUGUAUUAGAAUACAUACAGAGAGAAAUUAGAUAAUUUUAUCUCAUUUUUCUUCGAUGGUAUGUAACAUUAA